UCGUUCUCACUGGAAAAACUCCCGCGUGCGCUUUUUUCUGUUCCUUUCCACACUGCUGAUGCAAGAGGAAGGACUGAAACAGCAUUUUAACAGAUCACUGUGAAUUACUAUGAUGAUUCAUUAUCUAUUUUCAUGCUCAUGUUUUGAAAUUAUACUUGAUUAAUAUUUCAAUAACUAUUAUCAAUUAUCCUGAACAUUAAUUCUGUCAACUCUGGUCGAGAAACGUAUUUUCCCGUUAUAUUCAUUGUCAAAUUCUCAUUGUCAAAUUCAUCAACCAACAGGAUCUAGCCGCUCUGCCUUCUCGCACAAGAAGCCAGCUCAACAAACCCUGCCAAAAGCUCGUGCUGUCAGCGGCAGCAAUCACCUCUGCCUUCACCCGCAAGCGAAGGGCAUGUUGAGGUUGACUCGCGAGCGGAAUCUGUUGACAAGAAGAUUGCCAGACUAGAUGUUGAACUGGUCAAGUACAAGGAUCAGAUGAAGAAGAUGAGAGAUGGCCCUUCAAAAAACAUGGUCAAGCAGAAGGCGAUGAGGGUACUGAAGCAGAAAAGAAUGUACGAGAGCCAGAGAGACAACCUCACACAGCAGUCCUUCAACAUGGAACAGGCCAACUACACAAUUCAAACUCUCAAAGACACAAAAACAACAGUUGAUGCCAUGAAAAUUGGAGCCAAAGAGAUGAAGGCGGCAUACAAGAACGUGAAGAUCGAUCAGAUUGAGGAUCUCCAAGACCAGCUGGAGGACAUGAUGGAGGACGCCAACGAGGUGCAGGAGGCGAUGAGCAGAAGCUACGGGACGCCAGAGAUCGAUGAUGAUGACCUGGAAGCAGAGCUGGAUGCCCUGGGAGAUGAGCUCCUGCUUGAUGAUGACAGCUCCUACCUGGAUGAGGCCAGCACUGCCCCCUCCAUCCCAGAGGGAAUACCCAGUGACAGGGCACCAAACCGGGAUGGAGUUCUGGUGGAUGAAUUUGGCCUGCCACAGAUCCCUGCUACAUAAUGGAUGGACAGCAGGCAGAAACCAAUGGCAACACUCCCAACUCUUUAAAAAAAAAUGUAUCAUAGCCUUUUUACAACAUAUACACUGAGUAUACCAAAUAUUAGGAACACCAUCCUAAUAUUGAAUUGUGCACCCCCUCCACAUACCCAAUCCCCCCCCCCCCCCAACAAAUAAUUAUUCAACCUGUCUCCUCCCCUUCAUCUACACAGAUCAAUAAGGGAUCAUAGGUUUCAUCUGGUCAGUCUGUCAUGGAAAGAGGGUGUUCUUAAUGCUUUGUAUACUCAGUGUAUAUCUGACUGACAUGCAUUACAUGGUGGUGGACAUAGAAAAACAACUUGCCUUAAUUAGGUUACCUUGAAUUGAAUAAUUGACCAUGUCAAAAAUGUAAAUCAAAAAUCGAUAGUGAUGCUUGGCUAUGUUCAAAAUUAUUGUUCUUUGUAUGAACUAGUGUACUUUUCCCCCCCCCUCCAAGGUGAUUCUUGGUAUUUGGAUGUUCUAACUUUCUACUGCAGCACUGUAUUGCCAACUACUAAUAAAUAUACAUGUAUUAUAUA